CUCUCUCUCUCUCUCUGUCUCUCUCUUUCCCUCAUUCCUCCUCUGUCUAAACACCACUAAGUAGUUGAACUACUUCUACCUCUUCCUCUUUCUACAAAGUUCAAGGAUUUAUAAACACUUGUGUUGUCAUUAUCGUCACUUGACUCCCCACGGUUGCAUCAGAAUGGCUCUGCAAAAGAAAACUACUGGAAAUAAAGAGCUGGACGCUAAAAUAGAACAGUGGAUGUUAUGGGAUAAGAACGAACGAACCCGUUCGGAAAUCAACGAUCUUCUAGAAAAACAAAACAUCGCCGAACUGAAGAAAUGUCUUUUGAAACGUAUCAGUUUCGGCACUGCUGGGCUUCGUGCGAAGAUGGGCGCUGGAUUUGCUUAUAUGAACGAACUGAUUAUCAUACAAGCCACCCAAGGUAUACUUCGUUACAUAGAAGCUGACGAUUGUGAAAAAUUGAAAGCGAAAGGUGUAGUUGUCGGUUACGAUGGUCGUUACAACAGCUUAAGGUUUGCACAGUUAGUGGCCAAUAUUUACGUUCGAGCUGGAGUGCCCGUUUAUUUGUAUUCAAGGAUGUGCCCCACCCCUUAUGUACCCUAUGCUGUCUCCUAUUAUGGCUGUCGAUGUGGCGUUAUGGUGACAGCUUCGCACAAUCCGAAAGAGGACAAUGGAUAUAAAGUCUACUGGAACAACGGAGCACAGAUUGUGUCUCCGUAUGAAAAAUAUCUCUCCGAUUCCAUUGACAACAACCUAGAGCCAUGGAGUACGUCAUGGGAUACUUCAGUAUUGAAAGAUAACCCACUCGUUCGCGACCCUUAUGAAACUGUAUAUACUGAAUAUAAUAAAGACUUGGAGAGUCUCUGUUUUCAUAAAGCACAGAAUCAGAAGUCUCCCCUGAAAUUCACUUAUACAGCCAUGCACGGAGUUGGUUACCCAUUCACAUCUCGAUCGCUUGAGGUAUUUGGUUUUAGUCCACCUAUUCCUGUUAAAGAGCAGGUGGAAGCCGACCCUGAUUUCCCAACUGUGAAGUACCCUAACCCAGAGGAAGGGGAGGGUGCCUUAAAGCUGGCAAUGAAAACUGCCGAUGAACACCAAAGUUCCAUCAUUUUGGCCAAUGAUCCUGACGCCGAUCGACUGGCAGUGGCCGAGAAAGUAGACGGAAAAUGGAAAAUAUUUACUGGAAACGAAUUGGGGGCCCUGUUUGGUUGGUGGUUGGUAAAAUGUUACAAAGACAACCACCCUAACAAAUCUAUGUCUGAUGUUUAUAUGUUAUCCAGUACUGUUUCCUCAAAAAUAUUGAAAGCUAUCGCCAACAAAGAAAACUUGAAUUUCGUGGAAACUUUAACGGGUUUUAAAUGGAUGGGCAGCGAAUCUUACAAACUGAUCAACCAAGGUAAAUCUGUUUUAUUUGCAUUCGAGGAAGCUAUAGGUUUUAUGUGUGGCAGUAAGGUUCUUGACAAAGACGGUGUAAGUGCUGCAGCUGUUAUAGCUGAGAUGGCCAGUUAUGUUCACCAGGCAGGAAAAAAUUUAAAUGAUCAAUUGGAAGAGGUCUACUCCACUUACGGCAACCACCUGUCUAUAAAUUCUUAUUUCCUCAGUUAUGAUUCGUCGGCCACUGACCAAAUGUUCGCCGAUCUUCGCAACUAUCAAGGAACAGGGACUUAUCCGAAAAGUUGCGGACCCUAUGCUAUCAGCGGUAUACGGGAUUUAACUGUGGGGUUCGACAGUAAUACCGAGGACGGCGUACCUCUGCUACCAACUAGUAAGUCAAGCCAUGUCAUUACUUUCACGUUUGAUUGCGGUUGUAUAGCGACCCUAAGAACCAGUGGGACAGAACCGAAGAUCAAAUACUACACUGAACAUUGUCCCAAGCCUGACAGGGGUCUCGGGAAGGCUGAUGUCAUGAAAGAAUUGCAAGAUAUUGUCAAAUGCAUUGAAAAGUACUUUUAUCAACCCGAAAAAUACGGCUUUGUUGCUCGUACAUAAACCCAUUAAUAUGUUUGUGUGCGUAUAUCGUAUAUGUACUUAUAUGUGUGUACCCAUACAUAUAUCAUAGAUGAUAUUCGCAUACACACUCACGCAUACACAUUUUUUUUUAUUAUGCAAAUUACUGCUGUCCCCAAAGUAUUGUUAACACUUAUUUUUCUUUAUGUUUAUUGAUCAGACGAUCAAUUAUGUUUAUUAAAUGACGAAGUCCAGUAAGUUUAAAUCAUGUCCCAUGUCACUGUUCCCGAUCAGAUCCAAUUUUCGAUUGAUCAUGAGAAUUUAAUUUGUUUUCAUCUUUUCUAAAUUUUAAUUUGUAACUUAUCGAAAUUAUUCUUCCACCCUUUUCUUUGUAACUAGCUUACGAAUGCUACUUUAGGUUUUCUUUCUCCAACUUUAAAUUCUUCAAGAAUUUUUUGCGUUCGGUGGUCAUUCAGUACAACCUUGCUUAAUUUCUAUCACUCCACGCCGUUAUGGUACAUGAGUUAUUUCCCUUGGUUCAAAUUUUUUUUUACAUGCAAUGAUAAUUAUCUGUGCGUGUGUAUAUAUAUAUAUAU